GAGACGUGGGCCUGGAUGGCACAUUUAACAGAUUUGAAGUGGGCCCGCCCAAUCCGGCCCAUCCAGACGGUGGAUAAGAAAGGGAGGGAUGCCGACUACUCUCUAACUCUCUUCUCCUCCUCCCCUCUGCUGGGUCUCCUUUCAUUUUCCUUUUCCAUGGCGGUCACCGCCUCACUCUCCUGUAUUCGACUGCCUCUAUCACCCACAACCCAACACUUCCCCUCUCACUCCUUGUCCUUAUCUUCCUCUUUCACUCUAAACCCUUUGCAAACCCAUCUCCAAUUGCGCCUCCAACCAUUUCGCUCUGCCAAAUCCACCCUCCCCAUCAUUCGGAUGAGCAUGGAGGCUGGCGUGGGCGUCAUGGCCACCAAGCUCGGCAUGAUGAGCUACUUCGAGCCGGAGGGAAAGGUGGUGCCGGUCACCGUAGUGGGGUUCCGAGAAGGCAACAUCGUGACGCAGGUGAAGACCGAGGCGACCGACGGCUACAGUGCGGUGCAGGUGGGGUACAGGAGGGUGAGGGACCGGAAGCUGACGAAGCCGGAGAUGGGGCAUUUGGAGAAGGCCGGUACGAUUCCGAUGAGGCAUUUGCAGGAGUUUCGGCUGGUGUCGGUGGAUGGGUUUGAGCCCAAUCAGAAAUUGGUCUUUGAGGAGUUGUUCAAGGAGGGUGAUCUCGUAGAUGUUUCCGGGAUAACCAUCGGAAAGGGGUUCCAGGGUGGUAUUAAAAGGCAUAACUUUAGAAGAGGCCCCAUGACUCAUGGAUCCAAAAGCCAUAGAGCCCUUGGAUCCAUUGGUGCUGGAACAACCCCAGGCCGUGUUUACAAAGGGAAGAAAAUGCCUGGUAGGAUGGGAGGAACCAAAACCAAGAUUAGGAAGCUUAAGAUUGUAAAAAUCGACAAUGAUCUCCGCGUUGUGAUGAUCAAAGGUGCAGUCCCUGGUAAGCCAGGAAAUCUUCUUCGUAUUACUCCGGCAAAGAUUGUUGGCAAAAACAUUCCAAAGAACUAGAUCCAUUGUGUUAAUCUUUUGGGAUAAUGAAAGAUGAUUUUAUUUUUUGUAGCAAGUCUUGAAUUAAACUUUUGUUUUCAUGAUUUUAUAUUGUUCCUUUGGUGAUCAGAGAGAGAGAUGAAUGGUAAAAAGAGUGGCUGUCUUGGUUGAACCUUUCCUAAUGACUGUUCCAGGUCACUUAAUAGGCUUUCUUCCUUAUAUGAAAGAAUAAUGUUCCCUUUGUUGAGCCUGUUCUCUCUUGUGGUGAAGUUUCCAUGUAAAGGCAGGUAUGUAGUUGGUAACCUUCUCCAGUUCUCCUGGGGCGAGUGUAUGACUCCUGGAUCAGUUAGAGAAACUUUACAAUCCAAUGGAAGACUAGAAUGAGGCAAAGCUAUAUGGAGUUGAUUAUGAGUUUUUCAUGUACUGGAAACUUAAUAUGGCAUUAUAUAUUCAAGUUUCAUUGUCCUGUUGUAAAAA